GUUCUCGUCGGGAAUUGAGCAGCAGCAGCAAUCUGAUCCACCCACCACCCUAAAUUGAUCUUCAUCUUCUCAUUUAGCCCCUCUACAUGCACUUGGUUCAACCUAAGCAGCAGCAAAAUGAUCUCAUUUUCGAUUCCACACAGCCACAAACUGGAGCACCCCAAUUGACCUUCUCUUUCGUACGCUUCCAUCUACUACUACUUGGACGAGUUUCACAGCCGCCAUGAAUGCUCUCGCAGCAACAAAUCGCAAUUUUCGCCAGGCGGCUCGCAUUCUUAUGCUGGAUUCCAAGGUUGAGAAGAGUCUUUUGAUCCCAUUUCGGGAGAUCAAGGUAGAAUGCACAAUCCCCAGAGACGACGGGAGUCUGGUGUCAUACAUCGGAUUCAGAGUUCAACAUGACAAUGCUCGUGGUCCCAUGAAAGGAGGGAUCCGAUAUCAUCCUGAGGUUGAUCACAACGAGGUUAACGCUCUAGCACAACUGAUGACUUGGAAAACCGCGGUGGUUAACAUCCCGUAUGGUGGAGCUAAAGGAGGAAUUGGAUGCUCGCCUAAGGAAUUGAGUAUAAGUGAAUUGGAGCGUCUUACUCGUGUUUUUACUCAAAAGAUCCACGAUCUUAUUGGGGUUAAUGUCGACGUUCCAGCUCCUGAUAUGGGUACUAAUGCACAGACUAUGGCGUGGAUAUUGGAUGAAUACUCCAAGUUUCAUGGACAUUCACCUGCUGUUGUGACAGGAAAACCAAUAGAUCUUGGGGGAUCAUUGGGCAGGGAGGCUGCGACAGGACGAGGAGUGGUUUAUGCAACAGAGGCAUUAUUGAAUGAACAUGGAAAGACAAUCAAUGGAUUGAGAUUCGCCAUUCAAGGAUUUGGAAAUGUUGGGUCUUGGGUUGCAAGGCUUAUCCAUGAAAGAGGAGGGAAGGUGGUUGCAGUUAGUGACAUAACCGGAGCUUUGAAGAAUGAGAAUGGACUUGAUAUACAUGCUUUGAUUAAGCAUAAAGAGACAACUGGGGCAUUGACAGGUUUCGAUGGUGGAGAUUCGAUGAAUUCAGACGAGCUACUCGUCCAUGACUGUGAUGUUUUAGUCCCAAGUGCCUUGGGAGGUGUUUUGAACAAGGAUAAUGCUGAUCAGGUAAGGGCCAAAUUCAUCAUAGAAGCAGCAAACCACCCAACUGAUCCAGAUGCAGAUGAGAUACUUUGUAAGAAGGGAGUUGUGAUACUUCCUGACGUAUAUGCAAAUGCUGGAGGUGUGACAGUCAGCUACUUUGAAUGGGUUCAGAACAUUCAAGGGUUCAUGUGGGAUGAAGAGAAAGUGAACAAUGAGCUUCAUAAUUAUAUGAUAAAAGCUUUCAAAAACAUCAAGGAUAUGUGUCUGGCUCACAAUUGCAACUUAAGAAUGGGGGCAUUUGCUCUCGGAGUCAAGCGUGUUGCACGUGCCACCGCCCUUAGGGGCUGGGAAGCAUGAACCGCCCUAGCCCUAACCCUAGCUCUUUCAUUCUUUAUCUUUAUGCGAAAAUAAACGUUGCUCUAGCCCUUUUUAUGCUAAAUAAAAGGGCUCAAAGCCCUAAUGAAUAUUUUAUCUGUCUCAUAGUGCUGUUAUUUUUGUU